AUGUUGAAAAAAGUGUUAGAGUCUGUCCAGGAAAACCUGGAUAAAUUGGCCAAUGAAGCAAAAAGAACAAACGACAUGCACGAACAAACAAUGAAAAUCCUAAGGGAUAAUUUCAGUCCAACAGCAACAAGAAGAAGUGGAAGAACCGAAAACGCAAACCCUAGCCGACAAGAGCCAACCAGAGGAAGAAAAAAUGAAAAAGAAAAAUCCGACGAACAAACCCCCGGAGAAACACCCAGAAAUGAGCAGAACCAGGAUGAUGCCCGAAGCGGGCUAAACUCGAAAAGAGAAGAGAGAAGGGAGACAGAAAAAGAAGAUGCCCCACCCAAGAGUAAACGACAGGACAAAGACACAGGGAAAGAGCAGCCGAAGAAAAAACACCAAGAAGGGGAGGACGAGUCCUCAGAAUCGCCCCAAAAGAGCAAAGCCACAUACGUAGUGGAAGAAAAUUUGGAGGAGAAGAUAGCCAAGGCACUCAAGAAACUGAAAUCGGAAGAGCUAGAUAUAGACGACCUCAGGCUGAAGGGAUAA